AGGGAGGGGAGGAGGGAGGAGGAGAGUACUGAGCUGAGAGAGAAAUCUGUCAGAUUCAAACACACUGUUCAAGAGAAGCGAGGGAUGAGAGAGGAGAGGCCGAGGAGCAGAUAGGAAGAAGAGCAGCACAAAGUGAGGCCCGUCCACCUAUGGAUCAGCGUCCACGCCGGGAACCCCGGGGAUUCCAUGGACACAUCGACCCGACUGACAUCCCCGCCGAGAGCAGCCGACCCACGCUGAUGCUCUGCGGGCAGCUGUAGAGGCCACAGGGGUGAGAGGUCGCCGACCGCCGACCCGGAGCUGACGGGGUGAAAGGUUUCGGGAAGGGGGAGAGAUCACGAGGAAUCAGGAAGCAUCGGGAGGGACGACAAACGAGGGUCAAGAUGAUGACAGCUCACGGAAAGCUGAGGAGGGAGAAGGGGAGCCUGGCCGAGUACGAGUCGCAGAUGAAAGACCUGCGGGCCCAGCUGACAGACCAGAUCAAGAUUCUGGACUCUCAGGUGGAGGUGAAGCAGCAGCAGCUCUCGGAUCUGUCUGAGUUCCUGCGGCGUCGCGGCGACAUCGAGGCCGAAUACGCUCGAGCCCUCGACAAGCUCACCGAGAGAUUCACCCACAAGACCAAAAAGAAGGAGCAGUGGGGCCAGUCGGUGUGUCAGGUCUGGUCGGUUCUGCUGACCCAGACCCGUCUGGAGAGCCGAGAACAUGCGGCGCUGGGCGACACCUGCUGCAACACGCUCACUCAGCGGCUGGUGCACAGUACAGAGGACACACACCGGCUGCACAAACGGAGUAAAGAAGUGGGGAUCCAGAUGCAGGACGAGCUGAUGAAAGUCACCACCGAGCUGCAGACGGCCCUGAAGACGUACAACCAGUACCACACGGACUGCCUGAUCGCCGAGGGGAAGCUGAAGGAGGCCGAGCGGCUGGAGGAGAGGCACACCGGCAAGUCGGCCGAGCUGGGACCGGGCCAGCUGGUGGGCCAGAGGAGGAGCUCUGUGAAGAAGAUGGAGCGGCUGAUGGAGAAGAGGCACGGCAGAGUCCAGGAGACCCAGCUGAAGUGCACCAAGGCUCGCAACGACUACCUGCUGAACCUGGCAGCAGCCAACGCAGCCAUGAACAAGUAUUACCUGCAGGACGUCAGCACCCUCAUCGACUGCUGCGACCUCGGCUUCCACCUGUCCAUGGAGAGGGUGAUGAAGUGCUACCUGGCCAGCAGGUGGCGCAUCCAGAAGACGGAGGAGACGGGGCUGAAGCAGCUGGAGGCGGCCGUCACGUCGCUGGACCAGGGCGGAGACCGGGACGCGCUGCUGCAGCAACACGACUCCGCCUUCUGCCUCCCGUUCAGAUUCAACUACCAUCCGCACGAGGGAGACCAGGUGUGCGAGGUGAGCGCGGAGAGCCAGGUGAGGUACGAGCUGGAGACCCGCUUCCAGCAGCUUCAGUCCCGCCUCGCUGCCGUUACCCUGGAAACAGAGGAGGUCAGCAAAACACUCAAAGCCACGCUCGUCGCCCUGCUGGACACUAUGUGCGACAGCGACUGUAACCCCUCCCCCGACGUGUCCAGCAGCCUAUCGCACGAGCCGCCCGGAGGAGGAACUCUCCCGAAGCUCACCCUCGCCAAGCGUCGAGCCAAUCAGCAGGAGACGGAGACCUACUACUUUACAAAAGUGAAGGAGUUCCUGACCAGCAGCUCUCUGACGUCCAAGCUUCAAGCCAAACACGACCUUCUACACGACGCCAUACAGAAAGCCGAGGCCGUGGACAGCGACCCGUCCAGAAUGCAAUGCGCUCGGUCGAUGCGCGUCAGGAAGUCCCGACCAGUUUCCCAAUUCUGCCACACACUCUUCACCACAGACAUAAUCUCCUACAUACAGAGCUCUGGGCAGCAGAUUCCUGUGGUGGUUGAAAGCUGCAUCCGUUUCAUAAACCUUCACGGCCUCCACCAUGAAGGAAUCUUCAGAGUUCCCGGCUCUCAGAGGGAAGUCAACCUCAUCAGAGACGCGUUCGAGAGAGGAGAGGAUCCUCUGUCGGACAGCGAGUGCGACCUGGACUCGGUGGCCGGUGUGCUGAAGCUUUACUUCAGGGGCCUCGAGCCUCCUCUCUUCCCCUACGACAGCUACUCCCAGCUGCUGGAGUGUGUCCAAAUCGAGGCGGUGACGGAGAAAGCCGCCCAGAUCAAGGCCAUCGUCUCCACCUUCCCGCGGCCUCUCCUCAUCGUGAUGCGAUACCUCUUCGCUUUCCUCAACCACGUGUCUCAGUACAGCGACGAGAACAUGAUGCAGCCCUACAACCUGGCCGUCUGCUUCGGGCCCAGCCUGCUGAGGGGGCUGGACUCGGACGACGCCGUGGCCAGGCAGCCGCAGGUCAACGACCUCGUCAAAACCAUGAUCCUGCAGCACGACAGCAUCUACCCCGGCCAGUCGGAGCUGCCGGGCCCCGUUUACGAGAAGCACAUGACCCUGGAGCAGGAGUACUGUGAACCAAUCACGGAGGAGGGAGACGGAGAAGCCGAACAUCUGCCCAGCGAGGACGAGUGGGAGGCUGUGGCCAUGUUCGACUACGUGGCCAGAUCUCCGGCAGAGCUUUCCUUCAAGCAGGGAGAACCUAUCAUCCUCCACAGCAAGGCCUCCUGCGAUUGGUGGAGAGGGGAGGUGGGCGGAGUCAAAGGUCUCAUCCCGCACAAGUACAUCAGCGUCCUGGAAGGGUCAGAGCGAGGCAAAAGAGAGGAAGGAGGAGGAGGAGGCAGCACUGGAAACCUGACAGUAGAAGAUCCGCAGACGGAGAACACGACUCGGAUGCGGGUGAACAGCGACAGCGCUUCGUUGCCGGGGCGACAGAGAGGAAGCGAGGGGAGCCCCAAUCGAAAGCCGCCAACCUCCCCCGCCACAAGACACCUGCCAGUGUCUCACGAGCGAAGACACACUCUGGACACUGUGAGACAAGGAGGCUUCAGACCGCCGGACAGACCUCCGUUCGUUCAGGCAGACAGACCGCCCAUCGAUAAGGACAUGAUCAGCCGGCAGAUGAACUCGGUGUUCAAGGAGCUCCUGUCUCGCCAGCCGCCGCUGCAGCCGUCCGGCCUCGCCGCCGCCGCCGCUGUUCCCGCUCCAUCUUCCUCCUCCUCCUCCUCCUCCUCCUCCUCAUCCUCCUCUGCGAUCCCUCAAAACGCCCCCGCUGCCAAAAAAGUAGGAUUCGGUCUCAGAGGACGAGCUCUGUUCUGACCGGUGGACUGAGAGUGACGACGAUUAUCACGCCGAUGCCGCCGGCGCAUCCGGUGAAGAUUUAUUUUUUUGACACUUGUAUGAUAAUAAUUGCGUCUCUGCCAUCUCAUAGUGCCACUAGUCUCGGUGCCGUGUUACUGUACGUCCAGUGUGUCUGUUCUCCAGCUGGGUUUGGUCUUUUUUUAAAUUUUUUUUUUCAUGUUCUGCUCAGUUUUUUGGUUUUUUUUUUGUUCUCCAGGCUUUUGCAGUUUGUUGGAGAAUCAGGGAUGUGACUUCAGCAGUGAUAUCACCAGACUGACCUUUAAAAGUGGUUGCCAUGAUACUUACUGUACAUCAACAACAACAAAAGACUUAAGCUGCCCCCUAGUGGCAGGUCUGAGAUCAGCUCACAAUCCGGAGGUUUAUUUUGAAAAGAAAACUGAUCUGGGGCCUGUGUCUAGGAGUGCCUUCACAUCUUUUACUCUUCACUUUUAUUUCACAUUGAUAAGACCUGAUAGGUUUAAACUCCACAUAUAGUAUUAAAAAAAUAAAAAAGUGAUCCAGGAAGAUGUUUACGGAGCCCAAAGUGUUCAGUAUUUAAAAAAACAUGAUGACAUAAGUAAUGACGUGAAUAAAUUGUGUAAAAUAUGUAAUUGAGCCAAACAGAUAACUGAAGAAAUUAUUAAAAACGCUCGUUAUGGCAUCUAAUUUCAUCAUUCCUAUCAUUUUACUCAACUAUUUGUUUGAAUUUAAAUGCUUUUUUAAAAUGCAUAUUAUUUCAUGUUGGUAUUUUCUUGCACAGAAAAAUGUGCAGAAAAAAACAUAUUACAGCUAUUUGGACAGCUAUUGAGAAGAAUUGUAUUUUAUAUUCAUUUCCACUGAAACGAAUAUAAAAUAAACCCAAACAAACACGUUCCUGUACAUGUGCAUGAUGGUAUUUUGUGCCAAAUUUAGCCUUUUUCAAAAAAACUGCAGCUCCUACACUUUGAAUAUUACACUUGGCCAAAUUGCAAUUAAUUAAUUAAGCCGUUAACAGGGCUGUAAUGCUACGUAGCUAGCAGGCUAACCGGCUAGGCUAGUAUGUGAACUUUAUGAUUAAAUUAUUUUUAAUAAAUUAUUUUUGAGCACCAAAGUGGAGCAUUAUUAGCAUUAGUUGGAUUGAGUGAUACAGACGAACGCUAUCUGUAUUUCUUAUUUUGCACUGUCGCUUUACGUUGAUGCUAAUUUAAAAAUGCUAAAGCUCACAGCGCCGCCUAGCAAGCUAGCCCGCUAAGCAGCCGGCAUGCGCAGCCUUGUUGCUGAAAUUAAUAACAGGAAAUGUUAGUUUCUGUGUUUAUUUAAGGCAGCAGUCGAUUUAGAGGUAACUUGACGCUGUUUUUGCGUUAGCUGGUAGCAGCUAAUCGGCUAAUUCUGGCAGCAGUAGACAGGCGUAGUGUAAUUAGCUAAAAGGUAAGGAAGCGGAGCCAUUGUCAUUAAAAGUGACGCUGUAGAAUAAAAAUGAAAGAAAAACAGCAUUAUCAGUUAAACAUUUUAAAAAAAGGAAUUUUGAAAGUAUGAGGGCACUUUAGGCCCAAAGUCCUCCACCAAGGUCAAUGCUCCGUCUUAUACUUUUAAAGAAAGUGCUCUGGAUGUGCUCCAGAAUUAAAUGGCUUCUUCUUCUGGCCAUGAUCCACUUCUAAAACAAGUUUCAUUUAAUUCAGCUUGGUAGUUUUUGCACGAUCUGGCUGACAGACAGACGAACAAACAGGACUGAAAGCUUCACUAUAAAAGAAUAAGUGAUGAAGUAGCGUUACAUAAUGAGGAGUUUUAAUGAUUUUCUUAAUUCUCUAACAAAUUACUGCAUCAUUUAUAUAUUUUACACAACUUGUUCAAACUCUUAUUUAUUUUUCAGUUAUUUAUUUGUGUAUUGGACGCUCUGGACUUCCACAUGUGUCGGCUGGAUUAAAGCAGUUUUGUUUCUUGCAUAGCAGCAUGCAGUGUUAGAAAACACACACACACACACACACACACAUGGAAAACACACAUUCCCCUUCAUAUGUGACACCAGGCCUGACGAGCAGGCCAAAUCUCAGGGCUUUUGCAGAGUUAAAGACAGGCUAACUCAGGUUUGGCUUCAGAUGGAAUAAGCGAGAGUUUCUCCCCUCAGGUCUUUGGUUGACUUGCUCUCCUCAGCUGGAAACUGUGCCCGAGUCUCAAGAGCCAAAGCGGCCCCCCGAGUCGGAGGAGAGGCGUCGGCGACUUCCUCUGGUUUAAAACUGUGAAACGCAGCGACUGAAACUCUCUCGUCUCGUCCAUCCACACGUUCCGGCCUCCCCCCUUUCUAUAUCUGAGCGCCAUCCACGGGUUCCCAUUCAGACGCGUUUCAGGAUUUCUGCAGCGAGCUGUGCGAUUACUUUGACUCCAAAAGCAUUUGAAAUGUUCUCACAUGCAGCAUCUCCCCUCUGUUGUUGUUUCAAUAUCGGAGACAUAGAAGUAGAUUCUUUUUUUUUUAUUAUUAUUUUUAAUUCUGAUGACCAUGAUUGACUCUGCUUCUAUGAUUAAAACACCCUGUUAUUCUGGAUCACUGUUUGAUGAUGUCACUGAAUUUACUGUGUCCAACUGUAUAUGUGGUUAAAAAAUAUGAAUAUAAUAAAGAAGUGAUGAAUGAUUGA